AUGAGCGCCCCCGAUGAGGUGUCCAGCUGUGGAGCGGGUUUCGGGGAGGAGGGCGGGGAGCAGACCGGCGUCGGCCCUGCCAGCCCCGGAGCCCCGCGGGGCCCACAGGGACUAGGUGUGGAUCUGGGGCCGCCACCCAGCGGUGAGGACGAGGGCGGGGUCCCAGACCCCGAGGGCUUCGAGUCCGAGCAGGAAGUGACGGAAACGGGAGGGCCCGUGUUCUGGGACCUAGAAGGCCGCCCCGGCUCCCCGACCGACCACACGGGGGACGCCCUGGACUGCGCGUCCCACCUUGCGGACGAGGCCGUGGCAGCCAUCGUGCAGCAGCUGACCAACCAGGAUGGCCUGGGCGUGCGGAGAAACCCGUACCCGGAGGGCUGCGUCGUGGAGGCGGGCCUGGAGGCAGGGCCCCAAGGGAGAGGCGCGCUUGCCCUUAGCCGCAGAGAGUCGCAGCCGCCUGCCGCCGCCCUUCUCCGCCUCGGUGGGCCCGAGGGAGGCCCGGCCUGGGCGAACCCAAAAAGAAGCACGAAGAGCAGGUCGAACGUCGCCGUGGUGGAUCGCCAGCGGCCCUCCGCCGAAAGCCCGCCGAAAGCGAGCCUUUCUGACAGCGAGUCAGCAGAUGAGUUUAGUGAGAUACAGCUGAUGAGGGUGAGCAUUUACGCCAAAGGAGGAGGCCAACUCAAGCCCAACAGCCCCGAGGAUCCCUGGGACACACCCAGACACUCGAAAUUCCAUGUCAGGGAGAAUUUCCUCCACAUGCUUGGCUCUUUCCCGUCCUCCGCUCCCCGAGGACUCACUUCGGUUGUGGAGAGUCAGGCCGUUGGAGAGCUGGACAUCUCCUCCUCUAGGAAAAUGCAGAGCGUGGUCAGGGGGAAGGGAGGGAACAGGCCCAGCUACCCAAGAUCUCCUGCUGCUGGCGGUCUGCCCCGGACCACCCCUAAGAAAAAGGUGGCCCAGGAGAAGAAAUCCCCAGGGGGGACCUCAAAUGUUGCCCUGGGUAGAAUGUUCCCUUCCUGGGGGCAGAGAGUCUCCGCGGCACCCCUGGAACCAGCCGCCUUCCCCCCAGUAACUGGUGUUCCGCUGCUUGGGAGGUCCAAGAGGUAUUCCUUGGUCCCUCCGGGAACCAAACAGUCCAAGCACACCCCUGCCGGGAAGAAAUCUGUCGCCAGGAGGACUCAGAAGGCGGAGCCGGUGGUGGCCGGAGAAGACAAUGACUCAAACAGAGACACUGUCCCAAAGCUUUCAGCACACAGGCCAGAGCCGUCUUGUCCGUUCAUGCAUCGUGAGGCAAGCAGUCGUGGUGACCUCAACCCCAGAGCCCCCCAGUUUCAGGGAAGCUCACAGCCCUUGGCUCCGAGCCAGGGAGACGUCAUGCCCAGAGAGCCCGCACCCUCAGUGUCUCCUGCUGCAGAGAGAAGUUGACAACCUGAAAGAGCAGCUUGCGGCCCUGCAGUCCCUGACUGACCAGUUCCAGACCCCUUGAAGUGAGUGUUACACACACCAUACCCCUUCCCACGGUCGUGGCUGCUGAGGAGGGCCGUGGGCUGGCCCUGGCCUGAUGCUCUUCUUCCCUGACUCUGCUCUGUUGGACAGGCUGAGUCAGCAUCUCUGUACAAGAGGGGCGGCUGGUACCUUUGGAGCCAGGAAGCUGUGCCCAAGCUGCUUCCCUCCCGUUCAACGUUCGACCUCGGCCUGGGCUUCCUCUCCCUGUUUUUUGCCACCUCCCCACCCAAGUUCACAGCACCUUCAAAGUAAAGUACCUCU